AUGUCUUCUAUCGUGAACACUCCAAGAGAAAAAACUGGACUCCUGGAGACCUCCCACGAGAACAUCAUCCAAAAAGUGGUCGGUGAGAUUCUGGAAACCGUGGAAAUCAUGGAACGUCUUCUGUCGGAUGUGGAGAGCAGUUUGGAUGCUCCAGAUGUAGUUGAAAUGGUCGUCGAAGCACCAGAGGCUUCACCAAACGUUGUCAACGUCAUCAAUGCAUCGGAAACUGUUGCUGAGCCUCCAAUCGAGAAUCCAGCAGAAGACAUCGAGAUUCUUGAUGUCCAGUCUCCAGAAUCUUCCACUGUCGUGACAAUUCAUUUCAAUCAUUCUCCAGAAGUCAUCAACGUCUCUGUUGUCGUCACCGGGUCUUCUGAUGAUUCUUCUGAAGUUGUCGCUGAGAAUUCAUCUGACGUCUCCAACUCCAGCAACCCCGUUGAUGAGACUUCAGAUGAAAACCAUCAGGCGGAAGUCGGUAACAACGCGCUAAGGGAGAUGACAAACCUUUUUAAUGUGUCUGGAGCGUCGUCCAAGAAGUUAGACAGUGGCCCGCCAGCAAAGAAGCAGAAGAUCGACAUGCCACUUCAGACAUCUACAUCAGAAGAUUCUGAUUCUGACGACAGCACUCAGAAUGCGAUGGCACCCACAUCAUCAACUCUCUCAGAAGCUCUGCUUCGAAUCACCGAUAGCGCAAUGCCUCCGAGUAUGCUGAAACAUCGGGAUGAUGGUGUCUAUAAGCAUUGUCUUGUCAUUGGAAAAAAGAUUCAAGAGGAGCAUUCCGAAGAGCAAAUCGAGAUGCUUAUUCAAAAUCCUCGACAGAGAACUGCACUCUAUAGAAGAUACUACGAGAACGGCUGGCUCCAUGAGCCCAGCAAGAGCCGUAUGGAACAGCUCCCGAUCUACGCGGCUCUCAUGGCUUCACUGACCAAAUCCGCUUUCAUGGAUGGCCUUCAACGUGACAAGAUGUGCACUGGCAAUGACAUCCAUGUCAAGAUUUUCGAGGCUUCUAGAAUCAAGGAUGCGGAGGUGGCUGAGCUUGUCAGACAAUACACGUCUGGACAGAAGACUGCGAAAAUGUUCGGAAUGGACAUAUGGGCGAUUCUGAAUAAUUAUGAGAAUGUGAUGGGAGUGAAGAAGGUUGCAACACUCGGAGACGUACCCGAUGGAGCGUACUUGGUAUGCUAUGGAGAGCUCCCCGACUUCCCUUCCAUCCAGUCCAAGCAUCUCACAUGUCUAAUUGUCAAUCCAUCCAAUCAAUCAAUCCGUCUCAUAUGUCAUCUCGACCAUUUUGUAAAUGGUGUGAUCGCCGGAGCGGCUUGUGGACGAUCUCAAGCCAAUUUUCCGUGUAUGUGGUUUGGUCCGACGGUGAAGCAGCCUUCUGGAGAUAUGAAGACUGCCAUCAAGUUGUCCGCGGCGUUCAGUGCUGUCACAGAUGGAAAAAGAGACGUCAAGGACAUCUAUGGUGUCGAUGGAUACAUCUAA